AGCUCCAAAUCGAAGCAAUCUUCACUCUCCACAAACCCUAAUUCGAUGCAAUUGCAAUUUUCCACUCUUCUUCUUCCUCUCUCCAUGGAUCCGUAAAUCUCUAUAACCUCACAAAAGGUGUUUUCCAAUGCCUAGCGUUGGUGUGAAGCUCUACAGUGUCUUCUUCAAGUUCCUUUUGAAACACCGUUUACAAAACCGGAUUCAAUCUUCCGGUGAUGAAUCUUCUUCGGAUCCAUUUGGUGUUACGACCCGACCCGAAGAAUCCGUCGCUGCUCCGAAUCCGUUAUUCACCGACGGUGUUGCGACCAAAGAUAUUCAUAUCGAUCCGUUAACUUCUUUAUCUGUACGGAUUUUUCUUCCUGAAUCUGCUCUUAAGCCGCUUGAACCGAGUACAUCCGCUGGUGUUUAUUCCGAAUCUAGAAGGAGUAGUUACGGUUUCACCACUGGUUCUUCUUCCCCUGAAGCAGGAUCCUCCGACGUGUAUAGAGGAUACUCGCCGUCGUCUUCGGGUGGAAACUCUAGAAAACUUCCUGUGAUGUUGCAGUUUCAUGGUGGUGGAUGGGUAAGUGGAAGUAAUGAUUCAGUGGCUAAUGAUUUUUUCUGUAGAAGGAUGGCGAAGCACUGUGAUAUCAUUGUUUUGGCAGUCGGGUACAGGCUUGCGCCUGAGAAUCGGUAUCCGGCUGCGUAUGAGGACGGGUUCAAGGUGUUGAAAUGGUUGGGGAAGCAGGCGAAUUUGGCUGAAUGUAAUAAGUCGAUGGGAAAUUCGCGGCGACCGGGAGGUGAAGUGAAGAAAUCAGAAGUGAAUAAGCAUAUUGUUGAUGCUUUUGGUGCUUCUUUGGUGGAGCCUUGGCUCGCAACUCAUGCUGAUCCCUCGAGAUGUGUGCUUCUUGGUGUGAGCUGUGGUGCCAAUAUAGCAGACUAUGUAGCCCGUAAAGCCAUUGAAGCUGGUCAAAAUCUAGAUCCUGUCAAGGUUGUGGCUCAAGUCUUAAUGUACCCGUUCUUCAUCGGUAGUGUUCCCACACAGUCUGAGAUCAAACAGGCAAAUUCCUACUUCUACGACAAACCUAUGUGCAUUCUCGCUUGGAAGCUUUUUUUACCAGAAGAAGAAUUCAGCCUAGACCACCCGGCAGCGAACCCGCUCGUUCCAGGCCGAGGUCCACCACUCAAGUUCAUGCCACCAACACUAACCAUUGUCGCAGAGCAUGACUGGAUGAGAGACCGAGCCAUUGCAUACUCAGAAGAGCUAAGGAAAGUUAAUGUAGAUGCUCCCGUGCUAGAGUACAAAGAUGCGGUCCACGAGUUUGCUACCCUCGAUAUGCUUCUUAGGACUCCACAAGCUCAGGCUUGUGCAGAAGAUAUUGCAAUCUGGGCCAAGAAAUACAUCUCUCUUCGUGGUCACGAGUUCUCAUACUAGUGUUCACCAGAAUCUCCAGGUAGCAAAAAGAGGUGAAUCAAAAGUAGACCAGAUU